CAAUAAAAACAACGCACUACAACCAAAAAUUUCGGGGGAAAAAAAAAAACCAAAAUUUCCCCCGCCAUGGCGCACCUUACUUUCCUCUUCUUCUUAAUCUCGUCUCUCUUCCUAUCUUCACAAGCUAAUCUUCAUCUUCAGCCAUUAAGAAACCAAGAAGAAUCGUUUACGUCAAUCCUUGUUUCUCAACAGGGCCUUGAUUUCAUCAAGGACUUGCUCAUCAACAAAGCGAUAUCUUCAAUCAUCCCUUUGCAGCUGCCUGCCACCAUUGAGAAAUCUGCGAGAAUCCCCUUUUUGGGCAAUGUUCAUAUGGUUAUUUCCAAUGUUACUAUUUACAAAAUCGAUGUUUUGUCGUCUUAUGUUAAGCCUGGGAAUACUGGGAUUGCAAUUGUUGCCUCUGGGACUACUUGCAACUUGACCAUGAAUUGGCAUUAUUCUUAUAGUUCUUGGCUUCUUCCCAUUGAAAUUUCUGAUGGAGGAAGGGCUUCUGUUCAGGUUGAAGGCAUGGAAGUGGGGCUUACGCUAGGGUUGGAGAACCAUGAAGGAACUCUGAAGCUGUCCCUCAUGGACUGUGGUUGUUAUGUGAAAGAAAUCACCAUAAAAUUGGAUGGAGGUGCUUCUUGGCUUUAUCAAGGAACAAAAAAGAAAAGGCUGAUGGUGCUGAUUUUACUAUCUUCAUCAAAUUUCUUCCAUGAGAAAAUAAUUAACUUUCCAUUGCCUUGCCAUUUUGGGAUGAUUAAUGCAUUUGAGGAGCAAAUAGGAUCUGCGGUUGAAAAUGCUAUUACAAAUAAACUUAAAUAUGGAAUCUUAAAGCUUGAUUCAUUUCUGCGAUCUCUUCCAAAGGAAAUUCCUGUGGACGAUAAUGCUUCUUUGAAUGUAUCUUUUGUGGAGAAUCCUCUAUUGAGCAGUUCUUUCAUUGAAUUUGACAUCAAUGGGUUAUUCACAGCAAAGGAAAAGGUUCAAAUUCCCAAACACUACCGCCAGACCUGGCAACCUUCUGUUUUCUGCAGCGAUCAGUCUAAAAUGCUUGGGAUUUCAUUAGAUGAAGCUGUAUUCAACUCUGCGUCAGCAUUAUACUAUGAUGCAGAAUUUAUGGAAUGGAUUGUGGAUAAAGUGCCGGAUCAAGCUCUUCUAAAUACUGCUGGAUGGAGAUUUAUUAUUCCCCAACUGUACAAGAAAUACCCAAAUGAUGAUAUGAAUUUGAACAUUUCUCUGUCUUCUCCACCAUUGAUAAGGAUUUCUGGGCAUAAUAUUGGUGCUACCGUUUAUGCAGACGUGAUAAUUGAUGUGGUUGAAGCUGGUCAAGUAAUACCGGUUGCAUGCAUUUCAUUGGAGAUCCAUGGCUCAGGUUCCGUUAAAAUUGUGGGAAAUAACCUUGGUGGGAGCGUGAAGUUGGAUGACUUGGUAAUGUCAUUGAAGUGGAGCCAAAUUGGCAAUCUUCGAAUGUAUCUGAUACAGCCGGUGAUGUGGACACUCGUCCAGACUGUUGUCAUACCAUAUGCAAAUUCAUAUCUCGGAAAAGGUUUCCCUUUGCCCAUCAUUCAUGGUUUCACCCUUCUGAAUGCUGAAAUUACUCUCUCAAGUUCAAAAGUCACGGUUUGCAGUGAUGUGGCAUAUUCAGAAUCACACAAUCUUAAUCAGCUUGGAAUCUACUUUGAAUAGAUUAUUCGUUCAUAUUAUGCAACCUUGAGAUGUCCUCAAAAUGGGUUACAGGGAAGGAAACCAAUUGUUAAUUUCCCACUCUUGUACAGUUUUAUUUCAGAUGCUACUCUUCAGUCAACAGAAUGCUCGAAGGAUGAUAAAACUCAUCGAAUGUACAAAUAUAUUACCAAAGGCGCAGCUCAAUUUGUAUUACAUUUUGUUUUAUAAUUUGCAAAUCAUAUGCACAAGAUGUUGAUUGUCUCUAUUCGAUAAAUUAAUCAGAUGAAUUCAGGAACAUCGACGCA